AUGAUCAACACCUUCCACGCUCACGUCACCACCUUCCACUCUCACGUCACCACCUUCCAUGCUCACUUCACCACCUUCCACUCUCACGUCACCACCUUCCGCUCUCACGUCACCACCUUCCACGCUCACAUCACCAUCUUCCACGCUCACUUCACCACCUUCCACUCUCACGUCACCACCUUCCAUUGUCACGUCACCAUCUUCCAUGCUCAAGUCACUACCUUCCACUCUCACGUCACCACCUUCCACGUUCACGUCACCACCUUCCACUCUCACGUCACCACUUUCCACUCUCAUGUCACCACCUGUCACUCUCACGUCACCACCUUCCACGCUCACACCACCACCUUCCGGUCACCUUUUAGUGUCACGACGACACUUUGA